AUGCGUUUGACAGGAGCUGAAGACCACAACAGAUUGGAGAGGAUAGAGGCGUGUGGUUCAAAAUGUUCUCAGGGUCUCAUCUGUAGUAUGAAGUCCCACUUUCUCUUUCCGUUGCCAUGUAAGAGCCCACCUGAGGAAUUCCACACACCUGCAGUAUUUCAGAACCUCAGUCUGUCCACAGUCUUGAGGUGCGAUGAGAGAGACAAGUGCUCAAUGUAUCUGAGGAUCCAAACCAGACUACAACUGUCAGACAGUAUCAAAGGUGUGUCUAUCUGCACCUCCAGCCCAGGACUGUUCCCAAACUGCAGAAUUAUCAGCUUCAGCAGAGACUCAAGAAAAAGACUCUCAUCAUCACAGGUGGACAUAGAAAAUGACUGCACCAAGUUAUCAGUGGAACAAGAAGUUCAUGUAACACUGGAAACGUUCCCUUCUUAUUGUGGCGCCAACUGGACUCAAGCUUAUACAGCUCCAGGAUGCACCAAAAAGGAUCUUCGUCGCCAUGUUCCUGAUUGCAUAACAGGUAAACUCUUGUACAAAUUAAAUGCUGAGGAGAAAUCUCUCACUGUCAAUGUGACGGAGAUGCGUGAAGACCACACAUACAACCUCCGCCUGUGCCAUGACAAGGGCUACGUCUGCAUGAGCGCAGGACCUCUGACAGUAAUAAAGAAAGAAGACCCUAUUAAAAGUGCAACCCUGUCAUAUGCCAAGGUGGUGCCUUGUCUUUGCAUUGAGGGCUGGUCCAAUGUCCUUGAUGCGCACAGAGUCCGGGUGUGCCCUUUCAGACAGCAUGUGGAGGAACUAUGGACGGGAAUAACCUUUGACCCAACUGAAGUGUCGCUGUCGUGGCACCCCCAGUGUCCGCUUACCGCACGGGUCACGCUUUGCCAAAAACAGGAGCAAAACGACUGCAUUGAUAUCCCACACACCUCACAUAACGUCAGCAAGCAAAAGGUCAAAUUUGUAGGUGUUGAGUCACAUCCUCAGCUGUGCUUGAAGUUUUCUGUCGAAGCUGAAGACUGGAUCAGAUGUCCUUUUGACAAUAGAAUAUUCACAGUGUGGGAGGUUUCCAGAAACGAUAAAGGCGAUGUGGUGCUGUUUUCCCCUGCUCCUGGGAUCUUCUCUGUGGACUUGUGUGACCUGGAGUCUGUGCUGCCUUCACAAACCUGCCUGUCCACACAAGGCUUCACUGUGGAAGUGGAGAAGAUGGCAUCAGUUGAAGUACCACUACCGACAGAGAUUCUCCCCCAAACAUUUUGCCUUCAGGUUAGAAGGAAGGAUCUACGCUACUCAACAACACAUGUUCACUGUUUUGAUCAGAAUUCAAAGACAUCCUUUCCAACAUGGAUCAUCGCAUCAGCUGGAGUGCUGCUGGCUCUCGUCAUUCUUACCAUGUUGGUGCUGCACAUUUGGUUAACCGUUCACCAGAAAAUGAUGGUCAAGAGCAAAGACUCCCCAUGCCUCUAUGAAGCUCACAAAGAUGUUCCUCCUGUGUGUGUGGUAUCUGCUCCAGAGCCCGACUCAGCUACAAACAAUAACAAUGAAAAGGUCAACCUCUUAUCUGACUGA